AUGGUAAGAGCAAGACUGUCCCAGCUGCACAAGCGCCAGGUGUUCCCCUGCUCGGUGCUGUCUGUGGAGAACCUGCAGAGCGAGGAGUCCAGCCGGCAGACGCUGCUGGUGCGGGUGGGCUGCGCGGAGCAGGGGGGGCUGCGCCACCUGCCCGGCGACCACCUGGGCGUGUUCCCCGCCAACCGCGAGGAGCUGGUGAGGGGCGUCCUGGAGCGCGUGGAGGACCCGCCGCCCCCCGAGCAGCCCCUGGCCUUGGAGAGCCGCGACGGGGACCCCGCGGGUACGGGGGGACACGGGGGGAUUGGGGGAGCCCUCAG